UACGCGUCAAAAAUUGAGAAGAAGGAAUCCUUUUGCGUCUCAUCUUCGAAGACAGAACUGGCUCGGAAGUUGCUUUCGGAUCCUGUUAUAUUAUUCCCAAUUCAUCACCUCCUGCCAUUGUUGCCAUUACUUUUCGAAUUCGUAUUCGCCUUUUUAAAAAGAUAUAGUGAUUCUGGGAUCUGGAAAACAUGGGAGGGGGAAAGAAUGAAGAAUCUGAUAAGGGGCUAUUUUCACAGCUAACUGGUCAUGGUGGAGGUCAUGGGUAUCCUCCUCAGUACCCUCCACCACCUGGCGCAUAUCCUCCGCAAGGCUAUCCACCACAGCAAGGUUACCCUCCGCAAGGCUAUCCACCACAGCAAGGUUACCCUCCGCAAGGCUAUCCACCACAGCAAGGUUACCCUCCGCAAGGUUACCCUCCACAGCAAGGUUACCCUCCUGCCGGCUAUCCACCAGCUGGUUACCCCCCUGCUGGAUACCCUCCAGCUGCUCAUGGCCCAUCAGGCUCACAGCAUUCAGGGCACGGUGGUAUGGGGGCACUGCUAGCUGGGGGUGCCGCAGCAGCUGCAGCUGCUUAUGGUGCAUCUCACUUGGCACAUGGGUCGCAUAGUCACAUGCCCCAUGUAGCUCAUCAUAUGUCUCAUGGAGGCAAAUUCAAGCAUGGUAAGCAUGGCAAAUUCAAACAUGGUAAGCAUGGCAAAUUCAAGCAUGGGAAGCAUGGAAUGUUCGGAGGCAAGUUCAAGAAGUGGAAGUGAUUUGCUCUUGUUAAUCUACUAAAUCAUAUGACUCGGCUCUAUCGAAUGCCCAAUGCUGGUUUUCUUUAAUAAUUCAUUCAGUCUAUGAUGACUUUAAUCUCUUUGUCAAUUUGCUUGGAUCUUACAUGUUUUUACGAAGUUAUAUAUAUACAUAUUACCGCCUCGCUUAUAUCAA